AUGGCUUCAAACUUUAAGUGAGUUUCAGUUCUGUUGUUCAGAAGCAAAGAUGUCUUGUAGAGUAUAUAUCCAGUAGCCAACUUCCAACUUUCAAAAAAGUUGUUGUUCCUCUUGAGUUCUACUUUUCUGCAACUUUUUUAGGUUCACACUGACGUUAGAAACAGUGCUCUACUGUGGCCUACACGUUGAAACUGUCAAAAAGUGCAUAUACGGCUACAAAGUGCUUUUUUGAAUCCAACUCUUCAGCACACAUCGUUCAUAGUAAUGGUUUGCGCCCAUUCACACUACUCUCCCCUAUUUAUACUAAAAUUUGAAAAUGAUUCCUUCCGUCGCUCGGAAGGCAUCUACCGUUUUGCGUCAUCACCUGCUUGGAUGCAUCAUUAUUCAAAAGCAUCCCUUUUAACAAUUGAAAUCAAACCAAAAAUUCAAGAUGCAUUGAAUGUUGCGGGAACGGCGAAGUAGCUAGCAAUACGAUUUUAGCAUCACAAUAGCCGGGUUAAGAAUGAUAGUGUGCCCCUUUUAUUCUGCCAUCUUUUGGGCUGGUAAAAUCGAAAUAGGAUAGCGAGAGGCACCGUAUCAACGCUUUGUCAAUAGCGACCCCUAACUUUGUUUCCUUUUGACUGAAUUCCCUUCUUCCGUUAACUGGAAAACUCGACUGUUUGCAUAUCACUUUUUGGCAGCUUCUCACCCGAAAAAUUGCUUUCCUCGCCCAUUUUCGUCCAUCUCUCUGACUCAUUCCCUUCUUCCUUUUCGUGCUCCUUCGACUAUGCAGGCCAGUUUUCCCGAGUCACGCCUCAAUUUCCACCUUCGGAGUAUCACCACUGGUCGGUAAACAGGCAACACCUCCGUGUACGUCGGCUACCUUUGAAGUCGGACCGAAGCACGGAAGCCACAGUUUUUAUAGCUCCCCAUGUACUUGAUAAUAUCAUGAGCGCGCGCGCCGGAGCAUCAACAAGUCAUCAAAACCUUUCUACUAACCGACGACACGCGAAAUUCUUGUUUAAAAUAGAGAGAAGAACCCUUAUCUUUGUUUCGAAAUUCAGAAGUGUCGGCGAGACCGUAAAAGUUCUGUGACUCUCUGCAUCACCAAAUGAGUCGUCUCCCCGGAGAGAUCAGUUACAGAGGCCGCCUCAAAGAGCAUCCCUGCUGUGCGGUGGGAGGGUGAUGGUCCUCCCACGUGUACACACAUUGUGCUCCGCCCGUUCCUCUUCUUCUUCUUCUUCAUUUCUGGAUCUGUUUGGACAGUAUUACUACGUAAGACGUUAAUACUCGUUAACGUAGUGACAACUUCUUGUGAAUCGUUGGCAAACAAUAAGUCUCGCUCCUUCUCCUUCUUCUGAAGUUCUUUGCCCCGACCAUCUCUUUUAUCGUCAGUUUCCUUCCCAUAUUUGCUCGCUUUUUUGUAACAUCUUCCCUUCUCGCCCUGCCUUUUUCUCUAUUGUUCAAGAUUUCAAAAUUUCAGUAUCACUAUGCUCCCUUGGCAACGUCAGCUCCAAACUUCCAUAUUCCCACAGCCAAAUGAUCAGCUCCUCCGACUCAUGAUUGCUCAUCAGCAUCUGCAGGUGCACAACUUCCUUCAGCAACGGAAGUUGACCAUGAUCGGCAUGAAUCCAGCCCCAGUAGUUGGAACUGAAGACAAGAAGGAGAAAUUCGACUUCACCCAUCUGGCACAAUCCAUCGAAUUGGAGCAGAAGAUCAAGGAGGAGAGUGUAUCGCCAAAAGUUUCUCCGACUCUCAACGUUGCGCCAAUCAGAUCGUUUGGACCGUACGAUCAACCGUGGUGAGUUAGUAGCCUUACGGAGAAGAUGAUCCUCUCAAAUACGAUAAGGGUUACUGUAGCCGAUUAGCAACUAUUUGUUAUUUCAGGUUCAUGAUUCCCGGGCGCGGCAGGACGACUGGAAGAGCGGCACGCCCGAAGAAGGAGUUCAUCUGCAAGUACUGUGAACGACACUUCACCAAGUCCUACAAUCUGCUCAUCCACGAGAGGACUCACACCGACGAGCGACCGUACUCCUGCGACGUUUGUGGAAAGGCGUUCCGACGUCAGGAUCAUCUCAGGGACCACAAAUACAUCCAUCAGAAGGAUAAGCCGUUCAAGUGCGAGGUGUGUGGAAAGGGCUUCUGUCAGUCGAGAACUCUGCUCGUUCACCGCGCCACUCACGAGAACUCGCGCCACCACCACCCGAUGAUUCCAAUUGUGAGUAUCGCACCGUCGCACGAGGAGGGUCCGAGUUUAACUCAGAUUCUUCAGAAUCUCGCGGACAGCUUCACGCCGAUGACGUCGCCACAGAUCUCUCCCAACCGGGAGGAUCUGGACUCUUCCGAGUAA